UCUCUCUCUCUCUCUCCCUCCAUGCCUCCGAAUAAAACCGACGCUUUCCGCGAAUGUGCGAGCUGCCUCCUCGCUAGCAGCCAUAAUUGGGAUUAUUCAGGAAUAAUUCGCCUGAUCCUGGCCGCGCUGGUUUUGCUCGCCUUUUUUGCGUCAUUUAAUGAUAUUCUAGAGGUGAUUUCGAAAGCAGCAUCUUUUAGGUUAAAACCUCGGUUUACCUCAGCUGGAUUUUUUUUUUUUUUUUGGCUUCGGCUUUUCUCAUAUAUUCCAUCUGUCAUGGAGGCUUUUAUUAUGGACCUUUAAGAUGUAGUCCACCUUCGCAAAGGCAGCAAAACAAAGACUGCAUACUGACAGUUCAGGGGCAGCAACAUCGCAUUUUGUUUUGUUUUUGAAAUUACAUUUUUGACUGAAAGAUGGGAAACAGAGGCGUAUCGAGGCUGUUGUCUGGGUGGACUAAUUGUCCUGCUGCCACUAGCCAUUGUGCAUUUCAAGACGUUUUAUUUCGGGGAUCCGCGAUCAUUUUUUCCUCCCUAACGACGGUGGGUGGGUUAUUCUAAGCAUUGGGAUUCAGACAUCAAUUGGAUACAUAUGAUCAGAGACAAACAGAUGCCAUCCCAUCGACGUGAUGCAACAUAAAAUCUGUUUUCUCGGAUGAUAUUCAAAUGAACACAUCCCUCCCUCUCUCUCUCUGUAAAAGGGUGGCGGUGGAUUUUUUUGAUUACUAUUCUUAUUUUUUUUUUAAAUAUAUCUCCCUUAUCCUGGAUUGUCUGUUCAGCUGUUGAUUAUUAUUAUUAUUCGACAGCCUCUCCGUCUCGUGUUUAUUCCAUGUUCCCCAAUUGGAUGGAUUUAUGCAUAACAGGUGUUUGAGGCCGAGAGCACAUCAGGAGCAUGAAGCUUUAUUAUGUGUCUUUCCCUCGAUUUAACGAGCAGUGAAACAAAGCGACUGGGAUCAUUAAAUUUGUGUGUUUUUUGCCGUGAAAUAAGAGAAGACCAGGAAAGGGGGAAUACAAUGAAAGAAUGAAAGGCGGUGAAGCCACGGACAAAGAAGAAAGAUGAUUCUGUCGUGUAGAAAAGAUCCGCUCGGCCUCUCCUUGUAGAGACCUGGAGAGACAACGACGGCGGCGGCAGGAGUUUAAUAGCAGUUUUCUUAAGGGCCCGGAUCAGGCAGGCUCUCUUGGAAGGGGAUAGAAUGUCUAACCAGAGCUUUGCCAUCGAUGGCCCUGGCAGUUUACUGGCCGUGCUGGCUUCCCAGAGUGGACUGGCCAAAGGCAGCAGCAGUAGCAGCAGCAGUGAUGGCAGCAGCAACAGUGGGGGAAUCACUGCCACAGAUGUGUCUGCCUACUUUAAGCUGGUCUUCUUGGGGUUGAUCAUUUGUGUCAGCCUCGUGGGCAACCUCUUGGUGUCCAUGCUGGUGCUGCGAGACAGGACACUCCACAAGGCCCCCUACUUCUUUCUCCUGGACCUGUGCCUGGCCGAUGCAGUCCGCUCCGCUGCUUGCUUCCCCUUUGUGCUGGUUUCUGUCCACAACAGCUCAGCCUGGACUUACAGCACCUUGAGUUGCAAAGUUGUGGCUUUCAUGGCUGUUCUGUUUUGCUUUCACGCUGCCUUCAUGCUGUUUUGUGUGGCCGUCACUCGGUACCUCGCCAUCGCCCACCAUCGCUUCUACGCCAAACGCAUGACCAUCUGGACCUGUGCUGCCAUCAUUUGCAUGGUGUGGACCCUGGCUGUCGCCAUGGCAUUCCCUCCCGUCUUUGAUGUAGGAACUUACAAGUUCAUCCGUGAUGAAGAUCAGUGCAUUUUUGAACACCGCUACCUGAAGACCAACGACACCCUGGGUUUUAUGCUGAUGCUGGCCGUGGUGGUCCUGGCCACUCACGGCUUCUACGCCAAACUCCUGCUCUUUGAGUACAGGCAUCGCAAGAUGAAACCGGUGCAACUGGUGCCAGCUAUCAGCCAGAACUGGACCUUUCACGGUCCGGGGGCAACCGGCCAAGCUGCAGCCAACUGGAUUGCCGGGUUCGGUCGCGGACCCAUGCCUCCGACUCUGUUGGGCAUCAGGCAGAAUUUACACAAUCAGCACCGGCGGCUGCUCGGUAUGGAGGAGGUGCGGUCAGAGAGGAGGCUGGGCAGGAUGUUCUACACCAUCACCCUGCUUUUCUUAGUCCUCUGGGCACCAUACAUCGUGGCCUGCUUCUGGAGAGUGUUUGUCAAGUCCUGCUCCAUCCCUCACAGGUACCUCUCGAUCACAGUGUGGAUGAGCUUCGCCCAGGCCGGCGUUAACCCCAUCUUCUGUCUCCUGCUCAAUGAGGACCUAAGAAAAGUGUUGCGAGCCCACCUGCCCACUUACUGGAGGACUAAACAACAUCUGCCCCAGGAUGAGGCCUACUGCAUCAUGUGAGAAGAAAUUAGGGUUCAUUCAAAGAAUGUUUCAGGUAUUAAAGUGAAAUUUAGAGGGCAGAAGGGUUUUAGUGCACUUGCUCUAAGCGUCAAUGUCUGAUUUGUUGUUUUGCACAACAAAAUCAAAAUUUAGCGACCAAGUUCAGGCAGGGUGCCAAUGUUUGAAGAAUGUCUAUCUUUGAAUAAGCCUGUGAGGUGAAAAGGUCUGGACAGGGGCAAUAGAAAACCCUGGUAACACUAUGGCGAUGUGUACUUCUGACGUUGUACUGUAUGAAUGAUAGAUUGGAAAGAUCACAACAAUCACCACUCCAAUUAGGUGUGACAGAUGCCAUUUUCAAAAUAACGUUGCCUUAUUUCAGACGGACACGGCCCAGAGCUUUCUACCGAGAACUAGUCUGUGUCACAUAAAACCCUAAACUGAUAAAAACCCCUUGAAGAAAUGUGCCGUGGACUGUGAAUAGAAGUGUUGAUCAGAGCGUUACUAACUCUGAAACACAUCAAAGAACUCAAAGGGGUCUGAAUGGAGCGAUAGACCCCUCUGGACGCCUUUUCAUGUAAUUCAAAGGAGACUGCAGAAUAUUAAGCAGACCCAAUACCGUUGGUAACAUUUAAAUAGCUGUUGUGAAAACAGAAGCCCCCGAAACAUGCUUGAUUUUUUUGGACUUAGGGCGUGUCAGGUUUGUUUGUAUGAUACGACGAAAAAAAAUUGCCUGUUUUGCUUUAUUUGUAAACAAUACAUGUUAAAGCAGAAGACACUAUUUUGAAAUAUGACUUCAUUUCUUAUUGUAUAGACUGUACAGGAAUGCACAUUCCUGCUUGUGUGUUUUUCUAUAGCAUUCGCGCGUGCAUGCGCGUGCGUGUGUGUGUGCGUGUGUGUGUGUGUGUGUGUGCAUAAGAGCAAAAAGGUAGAGAGGCUGGAAGAGAGAAAGAGGCAGAACGAGACUGACAGGAGUAAUGAUGAUAGAAUAGGUUUCAGUAAUACUGAGUCAAAAUGAAAGCAGCUACACUUUCUUGUCUCAAAAUCCUGCAAAAUUCAGCCACCAUCAUAUGGAAAUUUAUCCUUUAAAUGGAUUUCUGCAACUGAAAAUGUGAUAUGAUUUUUUUAUGCUAAUGUUCAAAAAAUGUUAAAUACUGGGGGUUAAGAUUAAAAAAGGGGGGAGGGGCAUAUUAAUUUUAACACUUGUAUAUUACAAACAGGGCAAAGGAUUUAAUGACUUAAAUGAUGUACGUAUAUUACAUCGGUUUAAAAAAAAUAGCAAAUGUAUAUUUAUUUGCAAACGAUGGUCUUGGGAAUGUUUUAAAGUACUGUACUGUUACUGUAUGCUUUCACCAGAAUACAACGCAAAAGAAGACACGCCAUGAAGGAAACUUGAAUGUUACCCGCCCCUCUUAUAUUCCCGCUCAAUAUAAAUGUCACCAUUUGAGUGUCUGGAUCACAGUAUGUUUGAAAAAGCAAAGGAAAAGCAGGCUAGUGUGUGGAUCCUGGCUUAGUCUGCAUUGAAUUGUUUCUCCAAAUUAAGAUUCAUGUAAUGCAAAUGUCUGACCUUCAGUGCGUUAGGCAUAGAGAUAUCAAUGUGCAGUCAAUCUUCUAAAUGUGGACACUUGCACAGCCUACUGUUCUAGCAUGCAUUCCACUGCGUUACAUAUUUUCCAGACUGAGUAUUACAACUUGUACAGAUGUUGAUAUGGAAAAGGCAAAGUGAGGUCCUUAAUUUUUACGUCUGGCACUCUUUUGCGAGAUGAUAUUCUGUAACUGUAAAGUUUAAAUGAGGUGGUUCUUUGGCCCACUCAUCAAUAAAGACUCUACUUUUGAUGCA